AUGUCCUGCCAGCAGAGCCAGCAGCAGUGCCAGCCCCCUCCCAAGUGCCCCCCCAAGUGCCCUCCCAAGUGCCAAACCCCCAAGUGUCCCCCCAAGUGUCCCCCUAAGUGUCCUCCCGCGUCCUCCUGCUGCAGCCUUGGUUCUGGGGGCUGCUGUGGCUCCAGCUCCGGGGGCUGUUGCAGCUCCGGGGGUGGCGGCUGCUGCCUGAGCCACCACAGGCCCCGCAGGUCUCUUCGACGGAGGCACCAGAGCUCGGGCUGCGGGGGCAGCAGCGGGGGCAGCAGCGGGUGCUGUGGCAGCAGCGGUGGUGGCAGCAGCGGGUGCUGUGGCAGCAGUGGGUGCUGUGGCAGCAGCGGGGGCAGUGGCCAGCAGUCUGGCGGCUGCUGCUGA